AAAUAUUCGUGAUAAUAAACAUUGCGGGAUAACUUAAUAUUCGUGAUAAUAUAUAUUGCGGGACAACUAAAUAUUCGUGAUAAUAUACAUUGCGGGAUAACUUAAUAUUCGUGAUAAUAUAUAUUGCGGGAUAAUAUAAUAUAAAAAAAAAAAAUCAUAAAAAAAUUUUGAAAAUUUAUUUCAAAAAAUAAAAAAAUCAUAACAAUAUUUUGAAAAUCUUAUAUAUAAAAAUGAAUCGCAAAAUGUGUUGGUAUUCGCAUAACUAAACAACCCCUGGACCGAUUUGGCUGAUUUUUUCUUCAACUGUUCGGAAUUGCCAGGAGAAGGUUCUUACGGACGAAAAAUUUGAAAAAGUUAUCAGGUUUGAGAAAUAUGAAGAGAUGGUGAUGAAAUUACAGAGGCGCCAUCUGUCCAGCAAAUAGUAAACUAAAUUAUUUUUGGUAGUCAAUGGCAACCAUUUAAAUAAAAUAAAUAAUUUAUUUAAAAUGUUAUAGCAAGGUUUUGAUUUGAACCCGAUACCGUCAAAAUAUAAAAAAUAAAUUAAAACUAUAAUAUUUUUGUGUUGCCAUGGAAAUAUUAUAGACAAUAUUUAUUCAAUUUAAUUGUUUGAAUAAAAUAUAAUAAAAAAUUCCUGGGAAGACCUUAAAAACAUAAUAAUUUAUAUUUGAUAUGCCUCCUAUACGACGGAGCAAUCUAGGUAGAAUAACCCGAAAUGCUACCAACCAAGCUAAUUACCGAUCUAACCAAAGUCCUCAAGAACGUGACGACCGAAAUGAACGUGAAAGAAUUCGGAUAUCACAAACGCGUGAAGCGCGAACGCGAAAUUCAACUAAUAAUCGCGCAAGUUUGAAUCGAGCUGCUUUCAGUUACGAUGUGUCAAUUGACUACAGUAACUACCAGUGUGUUGUUAUUGGUUCUAUGAACUCGGUUUGCUCACACUGUAAGGCAUUAAAAUACAAAAACGAAGCCAAUGGAUUGUGUUGCGCAAAUGGUAAAGUGAAAUUGAUACCAUUGGAUCCACCACCAGAACCAUUGUACUCAUUGGUUUCAGGAAUAGGAACAGAUUCUAUACACUUUUUGACAAAUAUCCAACAAUAUAACAAUUGCUUUCAAAUGACUUCAUUUGGGGCAACAAAUGUAGUUCGGGAAAAUUUUAUGCCAACUUUCAAGAUACAAGGGCAAAUAUAUCACAGAGCAGGUUCACUGUUACCAGUGUCAGAUAGCGACAACAAAUUCCUGCAAAUUUAUUUUAUGGGCAAUUCACCACAAGAAAUUGAUCUGCGUUGUGCACAUAACAAUUUAGUAAAGAGGUCUAUUGUAGAACAAUUACAAACUUUAUUUCAUCAACACAAUCAAUUGAUUAUAUUGUUUAAAACUGCCCUGGAUCUGAUGCCAUCCGAUAAUCACAAAAUUGUAAUCAGAGCUGAUAAAACACCUGCAGGUCAACAUACAAGACGUUUUAAUGCACCAACUAUUGAUGAAGUUGCUAUCGUUGUAGUUGGAGAAAACUUGGAAUCCCGUGAUAUUGUUUUACGUCGUCGGAAUGAUCAAUUACAACGUAUAAAGGAAACACACCGCUCAUAUGAUGCACUGCAAUAUCCCAUUAUAUUUUGGCAAGGUGAAGAUGGCUACGAUUUCUCAAUAAAAAUGAUAAAUCCCAUUGCAGGUUCUGAAACCAACAAAAAAGUCAGUUCAAUGAACUAUUAUUCAUACCGCCUAAUGAUUCGGGAAAAUGAAGAUAAUCACAUAUUGAAAUGUCGGCGAUUAUAUCACAAAUAUGUUGUUGACAUGUAUGUUAAAAUUGAAACGGAGAGAUUAACAUUCAUCAGGUUGAAUCAAACCAAACUCCGAUCUGAAGAGUAUAUUCACCUUCGAGAUGCGAUUAAUACUGAUGGAAAUGCACAGAAUGUCGGUCGGAUGACUAUUCUUCCAGCAACAUACGUCGGAAGCCCUCGGCAUAUGCACGAAUAUGCUCAAGAUGCCAUGUCGUAUGUUCGUCAUUAUGGUACAGCAGAUUUGUUCAUCACAUUUACAUGCAAUCUGCAAUGGAUAGAAAUCAAUCAGGAGUUAUUCUCUGGGCAAUCACCCAUUGAUCGUCAUGAUAUUACAGCCAGAGUCUUUAGACAAAAGUUGAAAUCUUUAAUGGAUUUCAUCGUAAAACAUAAUGUGUUUGGUGAGACACGCUGCUGGAUGUAUUCUGUGGAGUGGCAGAAACGAGGAUUGCCACAUGCACACAUUUUGAUUUGGUUGGUUGAAAAUAUAAGGCCAAAUGAAGUUGAUGCAGUGAUAUCAGCUGAAAUACCUAAUGUACAAGUAGAUCCUGGAUUGCAUGAGGUAGUUAUCAAAAACAUGAUACAUGGUCCCUGUGGAACUCUUAAUCAAAAUUUACCGUGUAUGAUGGAUGGUAAAUGUUCAAAACGAUAUCCACGGACAUUAAUAUCGGAAACAAUUACUGGUAAUGACGGUUAUCCAUUGUAUCGUCGCAGAUCGACAGCAGACAAUGGAAAAUCAACAAUUGUCAAAUUAAAUCAACAAGAUAUUGAAAUAGAUAAUCGUUGGAUUGUUCCAUAUUCAUCCAUUUUAUCAAAGACAUUCAAAGCACACAUCAACGUUGAAUCUUGCCAUUCAGUGAAAUCUAUUAAAUACAUUUGCAAAUAUGUAACCAAAGGGAGUGAUAUGGCUGUGAUUGGAAUUGGUGCAGAGAAUUCCAAUGAUGAAGUUACCCAAUACCAAAUGGGCCGCUAUGUCAGUAGUAAUGAAGCAGUUUGGCGAAUAUUUUCUUUUCCUAUUCAUGAGAGACACCCUUCUGUUGUUCACUUAGCUGUGUAUUUAGAAAAUGGACAAAGAGUGUAUUUUACAGCACAGAACGCAGUACAAAGAGCUGCUCAGCCACCAUCUACUACAUUAACCAGUUUUUUUGAGACAUGCCAAAACGAUGAUUUCGCACAAACAUUGCUAUAUUCUGAAAUGCCAAAAUAUUAUACCUGGAAUCAAUCCUCAAGGAGAUUUAUACGACGGAAACAAGGAAAACCAGUUCCAGGAUAUACAGAUGUAUAUUCCACCGAUGCGAUUGGCCGGAUUUAUUCAGUACAUCCAAGCAAUGAUGAAUGUUUUUACUUACGACUGCUAUUAGUCAAUGUACGUGGCCCAACAUCAUUCCAACAGUUACGAACUGUUGAUGGUGAAUUGUGUGUAUCCUACAGAGAAGCCUGUCAACGUUUGCAAUUGCUUGAAAAUGACGCUCAUUGGGAUCAAACUCUCAAUGAUGCUGUAAUAUCAUCACACGCUCAUCAAAUACGAACAUUGUUUUCUAUAAUCAUAUCUACAUGCUUCCCAUCAAACCCAAUUGAGGGGCGACAAUGCAAAACGUGCUAUUGCCAAAAAUGUCAAAAUUGAGUUACACAUCAUUUCUGAUAGUAAAAACCACGUGGAAUCGAAUGGCGUGUUCAGAUUUGGCCAAAACGUACUAUUUCCUGUAUAUAUUUGAUCAUAAAGUUUCAUGAUUUCUGCAAAACGCACCAUUUCCAUCUCUAAAAUCGUUUCAAAAAGAACUAUUUCCAAAUUACAUCAAAACGUACUAUUUCCCAUGUUAUUUAGUGUAAACUUAAUAAUUAUUAAAGUAAAACGUACUAUUUUUUAAAUUAUGUGCAGAACGUACUAUUUCCAGAUUGAAGCAAAACGUUAUAUUUCCCAUGUUAAAAUGUAGCUUUACUAAAUUAAUUAUUUGCAAAACGUACUAUUUCCAAGAGUAAAAAAUGAAGUUUACAUUUCAAUUUAAUUAAUUAUUUCAUGGUGAUAUACUAUGGGACUACAUUAUUUUAUUUUAUUUACUAGUUGGUGCAACUGAUAAAAUUCAGUAUAUGUUUUGGUGUUGAAUGGUUAUCUUAAAUUUUUCCCUCCAAAAGUUUGUAUGAUGACUAUCAUGGUAUUAUGAUAAUACAAUUCACUUACUGUUCUCUGCACUGGUUCAUUGUUUAAAUUACCUACUAAUAAUUGUAUGUACUAUUUAUUAAUGUUUUAUUUGCAACAAGUUAAUUUAGUAAUUAGGUAUUUAAAAUGUUCAACUCAAGAACCAUUAAAAUGGCCGCAUGUGGUUUGAACAAAAAAAAAAAUGAUACUCAAACUAGAGAAUAAGCAAGGUGUUAUUGUUAAAAUAAAUAAACUAUGUUAACAUUAAAGUAUGUGUUGUUUUUAUUUUUAUUUGUAUGAUUAUGGACUUCGUUUUUAAUGAUUAUAAAAUAAAAUUUUAUUAUUUAUAAAGAUAAUACAAACCAUUGUAGCAAUUUAACAGUAAAAAAAAAAAUAUAGAGUAUAUGUUUUUUCAUAAAAUAUUUGAUUAUGAAAAAUAAAAUUCUAGGUCGUUUUGUUAAACAAACAGCUAAUAAAAAAUAUAUUUACCUACCUUAAAUUAAUAAAUAAAAAAAUAAUAAAUUAAUCGUUAAAUUAUAUAAAAAUGUGCUAUUUAGUGGAAAUAGUACGUUAUGAUGAAAUAUGGCCAAAACGUACUAUUUCCAUUGAAUUUUGACAAAACGAACUAAGUGGUGGAAAUAGUACGUUUUGGCACGAUCCACUUUAUGAAAUGACGUUUAAAUUUACCAAAACUUAAAUUUAAAUAUAAACAAAAAUCAUAAGUAGGUUCAGUUUUUUUUUAUGUAUUUUUUGAAUACUUAAGGUUUUUACUAUGACUUUUUGAUAAGCUACUAUAGAAAAUCAAUGUUUCUGGAAAAAGCAAAAAAUGGCAAUAGCACGUUUUGCAUUGUCGCCCCUCAAUUGAUUUGUGGAUCAAGUACAAAGAUUAUAUGUGUGAUGAUAUUUUGUAUCAAAUACAGAAUAGAAUGGGAAAUCCAAAUAUACAAAUCAGUGAAGAAAUUUACAAUGAAGCAUUGAUUUCAAUUGAGGACAUGUGAAUAAAAAAUA